GCCUGAAACAAAAAGAAAAAAACAACAUAAUAUCCAAAGAAAUUGCACACACACAAAGCAUCUUAAAUCCCUAAAAAAAAGAUAAGAAAAGAAAAGCGAGAAUAGUUUAUAAAUAUAUUUGGAAAAAGUCCUGCAAACGCAGUCUACUCGUGUGUGUGUGUGAGUGAGUGAGUGCAAGUGUGUGCGUCCAUGUGAAGGUGGCCCUGUUUUGGGGCUAAUUAUAAUAGCUGAUCGUCUAGCUGAAGCUGUGUGUACAGCAGCAUGGAAGUUACACCGGGAACAGCAGCCGACGUCGCAGUAGAACCUCCUGGUCGUCAAGAUAUGCCACAUAGUGGACCGCGUAUUACGUUCAGUGACAACUCCAGCACGCUUAUACGCUGCAUACCCAACGAGCGUGCGACGUUCUUUGUGAAAAUCGAUUGCGAUGAGGACGAUGAGGCCGAACUGCUGCCCUUCAAAUUCGAGUGGAACCGCAACGAUAUACCCAUCGAGAAUUCCGAUCGCUUUCGCAUCACAAACACGAGCAAUGCCGUCCAACUGGCCGUGGAGCAUGUGCAGCGCGAGGAUGCAGGACACUAUACGCUAAUUGCUCGCACGAAGAGCGAUGCCAUUGUGCGCAAGCAGGUUGAACUCAUUGUCGAGGACAGAUCAACGGGCGAGGAUCCACCCGUAUUUCUACGACGCCUCGUCGAUCUCUCUGUCAAAGUGGGAACACGCACGCGUCUCCUCACCGAAAUACGCAGCUCCACAGAUCUGAAGCUUACCUGGUACCGCAACGAUCGAAGGAUUUGCGAAAACGAUCGUAUUAUAGAAACGAAUGAGGGCACAUUUCACUAUCUGGAAGUGAGUCCAGUCAUCCUCGAGGAUGGCGGCCAAUGGAUGUUAAUGGCCGAAAACUUGGGCGGUCGCAAUUCCUGUUUGGCCAACCUAAGUGUGCUCGUGCCAAAGGCCUACAAGACUCCCGAGUUUGUGGAGGAUCUGCGAGCGGUGCUCACCGAACAGGGCACCGUGUCGCUGGAGUGCAAGGUUGUGGGCGUGCCGACGCCCAUGUUGCGUUGGUUCAAGGAUUCCAAGGAGAUUAAGGCCGGCGAUAUUUUUGCGCUAACAGCGAAUGCCGAUGAUCCCACCUCGUUGGGCACGUACACAUGCGAGGCCAAGAACUGCAUGGGCGUCACCUAUUCCAGCUCCAAGGUGCAUGUCGUGGGUCGUGGCAGUCGCGAGGGUUCGUUGAAACCAGCUGACAAUGUUAGCAAUAAUGCGCCGCCGCCGAUAUUUACGAACGAGCUGAAAGAUGUGAGCGUUCGCAUUGGCGAUACCAUCAUGCUCGGCUGUCAAGUUGUCGUGCCACCUUGGCCCAAGAGCGUCACCUGGUACAACAAGGAUGGACGUGUGGACACCGCUGAACGCUACAAGCUUAUUGAGGAUGGCCUCGGCGUCUAUAUGAUUGAGAUUAAGCCAUCGGAAUCGUGCGAUGCCGGCGACUGGAAGUGUGUGGUCAGCAGCUUUGAGGGCUGCGUGGGCAUCUCGUCUUCUGUGGUCAACAUGGACAUUCCCCGCAACUAUCGCAAGCCCCGCUUUAUGGAGAGUCUGCGCGCCGUACUCACCGAGGAGGGAUUGGUCUCCUUUGAGUGCAAAGUCGUUGGUUUUCCAACCCCUGUGCUUAAGUGGUUCAAGGAUGGCCACGAACUGAAGCCGGGCGAUGUGUAUCAAUUAACUGGCACCAAUUCGCUGGGUACCUAUUGCUGCAUUGCACGCAACUGCAUGGGAGAGACGAGCAGCACAGCCGUGUUGACCAUAGAGGACAUACAGAAUCAGCUGACGGACGAGGAGCGUUUGGUGUUUACACAUCAGAAUCAAGCACCCAAGUUCCUAACCGGCUUGAAGAGCACCGAUGCGAAGAUCAACGAACCAUUUCAAUUUAAAGUAGUUGUCAAGGCUACGCCAGAUCCAAUCUUAACCUGGUUCCGCGACGAACUUCCGAUUGAUCCCAACGAACGCUAUAAUCAUUAUCGUGGCGAGCAGGACGAGUGGCAAAUGGACAUCAAGAGUGUGGAGUUUGUCGACCAGGCGGAAUGGAAGUGUGUGGCCGUCAAUGAUUUUGGCACCAGCAUCACGUCGUGCUUCCUCAAACUGCAAAUCCCACGGCACUACAAGAAACCAAGGUUCCUUGAAUGCCUGCGUGCCGUGCUUACCGAGGAGGGCGCCGUCAAUCUAGAGUGCAAGGUCAUUGGUGUGCCGCAGCCUGUGCUCAAGUGGUACAAGGAUGGCGUUGAGCUCAAGCCUGGUGACAUACAUCGCAUCAUCUCGGGGCAGGAUGGCACCUGCUGCCUCGGCACAUACACGUGCGAGGCGAGGAACUGCAUGGGCGUUGUGGCUAGCUCUGCUUCGCUACUGGGCUUCGAGGACGCACAGCGCACUGCAAAACAAGAGCAACCGCGUGAAAAUGAACUACAAAGGAACUACUCGCUGUCCACCAUACAGGAGGAGCGCACGUCGCAGAUGUACGAGACGCCAGUUGGAGACAUCACAAUCGAUGAAAAGGGCGAUGUCUCUUUCUCUUUCGAUGGCAAAGAGGUCUCUGUUUCCCUCUACGAAACUCCAGAUCUGACAGAGGAAGAAGCGCUGAAAAUUGUUGAAAUGUAUGCCGAUCAGAUAUCCGAGCAUGUCACAGAGCACAACAUCGUGGAGCUGCCACCGCUGCGUUUCGUCAAGGAGACUUCGCAGUCUGGCAAGCUGCUCAUGGAAGCAGUGGUCAUUGACAUAUCCCCCGAGUAUUUUACCCAUGACGAGGACAUGCGCACCGAGGCUGAUAUGGAUGACAUCUCUAUCACGGAGAUCACAGUUCAUGGCUCAUCGGGUAGGGAAGGCGUCUUCGAUCGAGCAGCCGAGCAGUAUGCACAGCAAUCCUUUGAGAAGAUGGAGGAAGAGCUAUCCCUUUCGGCGCCUAUUCGGAAGCGAAAACAGUCGCGCCCUACUGAAACUGAAGAGUUCUUUAGUCUUUCCAAAGCUACGGGAUCAAUCGAAGGUGAAGUGGAUGGCGAUGAAGAAACCUCUGAACUGCAAACCUUUGCCAGCGCUCAGAUGUCCGCUUCGCAAAAAACAGCUACAGCUCAAUCUGCAGCUGAAGUUGAAGGUGCAGUUGCUGCGCCGCCUAAGCGUAAAAAGUCCAAGAAGCCCACCGAUAACAGCGACUCUUCUAAGACAACCGAAGAUGAGGCAAGGUUGCUGGACAUUUCCGGUGCAGUGGGCGAUGGACUUCUAGUAACGCCCAGCUCACAUCUGAAAGCAGUUACAGAUGAAGUGGAAAUCAACAAAAAUCUUAUUGCUUUGGUGCCGUUGGCUAAGUUACUGAGAACUAUAGACAAUCAUCUGUCCGUUGUGGAGAACGAGGUGCUGGAACAGUCCACCAUGAUGAUGACUCCAGCGGCGGCAGAUCAGAGCAUUGCCAUUCUCCGAAAUAUUCUUGAGCCCAUCAAACAGAUCGAGAGCAAGCUGCGUGUCUACUCGGGUGAGAAUCAAAUCGAUGCCCUUAUCCAAUCAAUGGAUGAUGACAUUAAGAAAUUGCAUCUGGGCCUGCAGGUGAUUGAGAAGUGUGUGGAGAUCGACGAAACUGGCGUCACGCUGAUUCAGCGCACGAGUGUCUGCAUUAUUGACAGCGUUGCCGAACACAUGAAGCGCGCCCUCGAGGAACUGAAGCUGGUCAGCGAGAAGUUUGAGUCGGAACACUUGCGUUCGCAGAUUCGUCUGACUGCUGAGGAUAUACAGCAGGGAUUGGAGAUUACCCAGGGCACAAUUCGGUCGCAAACGCUACUGCAGGAAGCACAGGAGCUAGAAGCAGCCAAGCAUUUCUCCGACGCCGUCGAGAAGAUGCAGGAUGUGCCCGAGAGUGUGUCCUUUGCCACCAUCUCGGAAGCAAAUCUGCCGAGUGAAGCCAGCGCCUUGAAGGACAUCUGUCAACCUGUAGCCAAAAUACAAGAGGCGCUGGAACGCGUCGAAAUGGAGCUUUCUCUGGAGGAGAGCGAGGAACAGAUUUACAAGAAGGUACACAAGAAAGUCCUUGACAGCAUUGUGGAGCCCAUUAAGGAGCUGCAAUCAACUCUGCAGUCCAUUGAGGACAAGACCGAAUCGUUGGCUGGGGCAGAGUCCAUGGAGCAGAAGAUUAACAUGGCCAUAUUGGAUAUAGUCACCCCACCGCUCUUUGAGCUGAACAAGGGUCUGGAGCUGAUUGUGAACGAGAAGUCGGAUAGCGUGGAAGCGGGAAUGUUCACGGUGCAGACGGUGGAAUCGAUGGUGCCGCCACUGCAGGAGAUACAGAAUGGUCUCGCUCAAUUGAGUCAGGACCUGGAGACGGGACAUACGCAGCGUGCCGAGGAAGCUACCUUGGAUCAUGCCGACACACAAAAGCUGCUGCAGUCAAUUGCACAAGCUGUACUGCAUUUUGAGACAAACAUCGAACGCAUUUCAAAUCGUCUAACGGACAACGUCAAGAUUCGUUUGCAGAAUCUCAAGGAUGAACUGUCCGCUCUCAUUGGCACCAUUUUGGACAAGGAUAUUACACGGCAUCAUGUGCAAUUGCUUGAAAGACUAAAACGUCCCAUCGAUGAGCUCAACUAUUGCAUACGCCAGACGGAAGUAAAGUCGACGUCCGGUUCGCUGGCUGAUCUUAUUGAGCCGCUCAGCCUGCUGCAGGAGAGCACUCAGAAGGGACAUGGAGUGCUGCUCGCCUCACGGGAACGUGAGCCAGAUAAGCAAGCACUGCAAUCCCUGGAAAACAUACGAAAUAUUAUACGCAAUGCUAUCAUCGAUAUUGAGGAGCACGAGUUCAAGAUGCUGCAACAGGAGAUUCAACAGGACGAACAACAUGCGGCGCAGCAGGAUAAAUCCUUUAGUGCAUUACGCAAAGUACUCGAGACGAAGGUUUCUCUAGAGGAGGCCAUCGAUAGCAUUGAGACGCUGCAGCUGGCCUUGAUUCGUAUUAAUGACAAUACCAAAGCGACGGCUAAAACUAGAUCAUCGGCAAACGAAGCGCAAGUUGCGCUGCUUCGCAUUAUGCAGAUUGCCAAGGGUUUGGCUACCUUCAGCGAAACAGAGACGACUCUCAAUAUCAAUGAGGCGAACACGACACGCAUUCUCUACGAGAUGGGAAAGAGCUUUGCUGAUCUUGCCAAGACACUGGACAAUCCAGCAGCUGAGCUUAGCGAGUACAACGAUGUGCUGAGCAACUUUAAUGAUAUGCUCGCUCAGCAGCGCGAUGCUCUCGAGGGCCAACUCAACUGGAAUACGCUGGCGAUUGCCAGUCCACUUACCAGCUUCAUUCAAGCACUUGGACAUCUGCAGCCACUAAAAGCAUCGAGCGAAGAUUUGUCCACGCUGGACGACGUUUCCGUUCUUAAGUCCCUGGCUGAAUCGUUGCCCAUGGAACCAGAGGUCCACUCGGAAGAGGAAAAGCAAGCAUCGGAAGCCAUCAAGAAACCAGCGGAAGUUCUAUUGGCUGAUCUUAACCAUGGGAUUGCCUCGGUGUUGUCGCAUUGCGAGGACCUCGACGUGACCUCCUUGCGACCGGAUGAAGGCGAAUCACUUCAAGCUGCCAUACUCAAAAUGCACGAGCUGCAGAACAGCAUUGCCCUGGUGCAGGAGACAAGCACAGUGGAAGCUGUUCAUUCGAUUUCCGAGGGCACUGAUCCGGGCACUUUUGCCGCUGCCAUCUGCAGCCUGGAGCGCUGUGUACUCGAGGUGGAAGAGUGUAUUGCGCAUAGUGGCGCUGAAAGUUUAACCGAUCUAGAGCUGUCCAAGUUGAAGACUUUGGCAACGCCCUUGCGAGAUUUGAGGCAUUACUGCGAGCAAAUCGAACCGCAGGCGCUGGAACAUGCCCACGAUAUGUCCACGGAUGAUAUAUCCGAGCUAAAGACGACUGGACAUAAACAAGCUGUGCAGGAGGCCGUUCAAGAGGCGGCUGUCGUUGCAGAUGAGCCGCAAGUGGAAAUCUACGAUGUAAGGCAGGGCGUCGUCAGUGGCAUCAAACAGCUGGAGGCUUGCCUGGAAGUCACCCAAAAGGACAACAACGAGGAGCUAAAACGAGUGGGAGAAAUCAUGCAGCAAUUGAACUCGGAUCUGAAAAAUAUUCAGGAAAUGCUCAGCUCGGACAGCGAUCAACAGCAAACGGUGUUGGCUCAGGCGAAGAUCGCUCAAACGAUGUUCAAGUUGAAGGAGAGCUUGGUGCACACCUACGAAUCGGGACUGGUAGAGUCAUUGGAUAAUGUCGAAUCUGCUUUCGAGGAUAUACUGUUAUCGUUGCCUGUGCUGGAGACGCAGCUGGCUCAGGAGAUGUACACGAAGAUCGAGAGAGCCUUCAAGCAAUUUAAUGACUACUGCCAGCAGCCAGACAUUGCCAACCUUAAUCCAAGCUUUGCUAAGCUGCUGGAUACCAUCAAAGCUGUUGCCGAUUCACCGAACGUGGAUAUAGAUAAAUCAUCCACUUUGAUGAUAAAUCUGCAGACAAGUCUUAUGGCCUCAUUCCGAUCUUUGAACGAGGUUAGCGAAGUGGCGGAAAACAACGAUCUGCUCGGCGGUCUACUCAAGACCCAGAGCAGCUUGGUUGCCGUCUUUGACUUUAUUGAGAAUAAUGAAGGUACAAUUCGUAUCAUUGAAUUGCUACAAGAGAUGGAUGCUAUCACAGCGGAGCUGAAGAAACUCUCUCUGAUCCCUAAUGAGCCCAAAGUACCAAUUGAUAUUAGCAUUAUUAUUGAGAACGUCUCAUCGGGCAAAGCGUUCUUGACUCAAAUUGAGGAGGGCUUGCAGCAUGAUAAUCCCUUAAGUGUGAUGCUGUUAGAGGAGAACACAGAGGAAUUGGGUCAAUUGGAAUCAACUCUCAUUCAAAUUGAAGAGGAAAUUCUUUCUCAAUCUGAACUCAAUCGGAUUACACCUGCUCAAUUAACCCUUAUUGAUACUGUUCAGUUACAAAUCAACAACCUCCAGCAGAAAUUAACUGAGUUGAGUGCUGCUUUACAGGCCCAGCAAGAGGAGGAUAUACAAAAAGAGCAACAACAACAACAACAACAGAGUCAGGAGACGAUAGAAUCCUUUAAAUCUGAGCUACAGGGUGUGCAAGAUGUUCAACACCUAGAAGAUACUAAGGAACAACACAAAAUAACUAAGCAACAGCAGGAAGUUUUCCAACAGCAACAGAUUCAGGAAAAAACAGAGGAAGCUUCCCAAAAGAAACUUGACACUAAGGUGAAGAGAAAGUCAGAAGAAGAGGCUAAAGAAAUAGUUCAAAAGAAAUCUAAAGACGAAAUUGAUGCAGGUGUGCAUAAAACAAAGAAGGUAUCACCACAAAUGCUUAAACAGACCUUGACUGAGAAUUUCAAGCAGUUGUCUUCUACUUUAAAAUCCAAGCCAGACAACGAUGAAGCGAAAUCUAUUCUAAGCAAUAGUCAGGAUAUCAUUGACAACUUGCAAGACCCUGAGAAAAUAAUAAAGGGUAUCUUUAAGCUCAGAGAGCACAUUGUUCAUACUUACGAAGGCACAUCUUCAAACGAGCUAGCUGACAAGGAAAUUGUAGAAGCAUUUAUCGAAUCGGUUCUUGAGUUAUGCCCAACUGCCGCGGAGAAUGUAAUUGCCCAUUACCUGAAAGAAAUUAAAACAAAUAUUAAUUUAACUAAAGCCGCAAUCAAACUAAUUGAUGAUACUGAAAUGUUUGCAAAACCUUCAUUACUUCUGCCAAAACUUGUUAAUCUGGAGAACAUUUCGGAAAGUAUCAAAUCUGAUUCACACAUUGAGAAAUCGUCUGAAAAAAUGAUCCAUCUGCAACAAAACUUGAUGGACAUUUUUGUAAUAUUGGAUGAUCUUUUGGACGAUAAGAGCGCUAUACUGAAACCCCUAAUUGAGGACAUAAAAAUCAUUCUUCUUAAUGAAUAUGACUAUAUUGAAAAGAAACAAGAACAAUUAAACACUGCGACAGUGGAAGAAAGGAUUCAUAACAUAACAAAAACAAUCCUAAAUCUUUGCGAACAGUUGCAAAAUCUCAAUAAAGAAUUGGUAAAAGAAAAAAGUGAUGAAGAAUCACUUCUAGGUGUUAAAGAUACUAAACAAAAUAAACAAGAGCCACGAAAUGAACAAGAAGCUGACACAAUAGAUCAGAAGAGAGAAGAAUCUGAAGCUGUUGCUGAGAAGGUCAACGAAGAGAAAAUAUCAGUGAAAAAUGAACCAGAAGUCAAAAAACCAGAAACAGAUGCACACAAAGCGAAGCUUUUAUCAAAGGAAUCUGCAGGAGAAAAGGAACUAGAUGGAAAAGAGAAGAAAGCAGCAGAAAAGGAUGCUGAAAAGGAACCUGAAGUUUCUAAAGUUAUUGCUGAAAAGAUUUCCCAGGAGAAGAUAUCAGAGAAGAAAGAACCAGAAAUCAAGAAAGCUGAAAUAAAGAAACCAGAAACAGAAGCGCAGAAGGAGCAGCUUUUGUCGAAGGAAUCCGCAGAAGACAAGAAGCUAAAUGAAAUGCAGAAGAAACCAACUGAGUCGGAUGCUGAGAAGAAUGCCCAGAAGGCAGAUGUUUCUGAAGUAGUUGCUGAAAAGAUAUCAAAGAAAAUAGAACAAGAAACAAUGGAAACUGAAAUAAAAGCACAAAAGGCUAAGCUUUUGUCGAAAGAAGAAAAAGAAGAUAAGAAAGUGGAUGAAAAAGAGAAGAAACAGAUCCAAAAGGAUGGUGCAAAGAAAGCUCAGCAGGAAAAUGAAUCUGGAACUGAACCUGAACAAGUAUUUGAGAUUCCUGAGGCAAAUAAACUUGAGAUUUUAAAUCAGAAAAUCUUAGAUAUUGUCAAAUUGUCGGAGUCACAUACAUCUAACGAAAAUUUGAAAGCUAUUGUUGCGGAGAGUAAAAAUUUACUCGAAAACUCAUCAGACUCUGAGAAGGUUGCCAAGUCUAUAUUUAAACUUAGAGAACACAUUGUCCAUACAUAUAAUGGUAACGCUCCUAAGGAUGAAAAUGAUAAAGACAUAGUUGAAGCAUUUAUCGAGUCAGUUCUUGAGUUAUAUCCAGCUGCUUCUAAGAAUAUAAUUAACCAUUACUUGAAAGAAAUUAAAGCAAAUAUUAUUUUAACUAAAGCCACAAUCAAACUUAUUGACGACACUAACAUGUUUGCAAAGCCUUCAUUACUUCUGCCAAAAUUAGUUAAUUUAGAGAAGAUUUCGGAGAGCAUCAAAUCUGAUCUCCACAUUGAAAAGUCGUCUGAAAAGAUGAUCCAUUUGCAACAAAACUUGAUGGACAUAUUUGUCAUAUUAGAUGAUCUCUUGGAUGACAAAACAGCUGCACUAAGGCCCAUAAUUGAGGAAAUGAAAACUAUUCUUCUUAAGGAGUAUGACUAUAUUGAGAAGAAACAGGAAAAAUUAAACACUGCGACAGUGGAAGAAAAGAUUCAUAACAUAACCAAAACCAUGCUGAAUGUUUGCGAGGAAUUACAAAAGCUGAAUAAGAAUUUGAUAGAGAAAAAAAUUGGCGAAGAACCAACACUUGAUGUAGAAAAUGUUAAGGAAAAGAAACAAGAGCAACAAGAUGAUCUAACUAAAGAUCAUAAGAAAGAAGAAGCUGAAGUGCUUGCCGAGAAACUUUCUGAAGAAAUUCCAGAGGAGAUUAAACUUAAAGCCGAAGAACAUGAAGCAGAAGCGCAGAAAACGAAACUUUUGGAAAAAGAAUCAGAAGAUCAGAAAAAAAUUGAUGAAAAGCAGAAGAAUCAAGUUAAAAAAGAUGCUGAGAAAAAAGGUCAGAAAGCAGACGUUUCUGAAAAUGUCUCCGAGGAAAAAACAUCAGAGAAAAAAGAGCUAGAAACCAAGGAACCAGACACAGAAGCUCAGAAAGCAAAGCUUUUGACGAAAGAAUCUGCAGAAGAAAAGAAACUAGAUGAAAAGCAGAGGAAACAAGCUGAGAAGGAUGCUGAGAAGAAAGCCCAGAAAGCAGAUGUUUCUGAAGUUGUUGCUGAGAAGGUUUCCGAGGAAAAGAUUUUAGAGAAAAAAGAGACAGAAAUCAAGGAAGCAGAAACAGAAGCACAGAAAGCAAAACUUUUGUCAAAGGAAUCUGCAGAAGAAAAGGAACUAGAUGAAAAGCAGAGGAAACAAGCUGAGAAGGAUGCUGAGAAGAAAGCUCAGAAAGCAGAUGUUUCUGAAGUAGUUGCUGAGAAGGUUUGCGAGGAGACGAUAUCCGAGAAACGAUUGAUAGAAAUCAAGGAACCUGAAACAGAAGCCCAGAAAGCAAAACUUUUGUCAAAGGAAUCUGCAGAAGAAAAGGAACUAGAUGAAAAGCAGAGGAAACAAGCUGAGAAGGAUGCUGAGAAGAAAGCACAGAAAGCAGAUGUUUCUGAAAUAGUUGCUGAGAAGGUUUCCGAGGAGACAAUAUCAGAGAAAAAACAGACAGAAAUCAAGGAACCUGAAACAGAAGCCCAGAAAGCAAAACUUUUGUCAAAGGAAUCUGCAGAAGAAAAGAAACUAGAUGAAAAGCAGAGGAAACAAGCUGAGAAGGAUGCUGAGAAGAAAGCCCAGAAAGCAGAUGUUUCUGAAGUAGUUGCUGAGAAGGUUUCCGAGGAAAAGAUUUUAGAGAAAAAAGAUACAGAAAUCAAGGAAGCACAAACAGAAGCACAGAAAGCAAAACUUUUGUCAAAGGAAUCUGCAGAAAAAAAGGAACUGGAUGAAAAACAGAAGAAACAAGCUGAGAAGGAUGCUGAAAAGAAAGCUCAGAAGGCUGAUGUUUCUGAAGUAGUUGCUGAGAAGGUUUCCGAGGAAGAGAUUUUAGAGAAAAAAGAGACAGAAAUCAAGGAAGCAGAAACAGAAGCACAGAAAGCAAAACUUUUGUCAAAGGAAUCUUCAGAAGAAAAGAAACUAGAUGAAAAGCAGAGGAAACAAGCUGAGAAGGAUGCUGAGAAGAAAGCCCAGAAAGCAGAUGUUUCAGAAGUAGUUGCUGAAAAGGUCUCCGAGGAGAAGACAUCAGAGAAAAAAGAGUCAGAUAUCAAGGAACCAGACACAGAAGCUCAGAAAGCAAAGCUUUUGCCGAAAGAAUCUGCAGAAGAAAAGAAACUAGAUGAAAAGCAGAGGAAACAAGCUGAGAAGGAUGCUGAGAAGAAAGCUCAGAAGGCUGAUGUUUCUGAAGUAGUUGCUGAGAAGGUUUCCGAGGAAGAGAUUUUAGAGAAAAAAGAGACAGAAAUCAAGGAAGCAGAAACAGAAGCACAGAAAGCAAAACUUUUGUCAAAGGAAUCUGCAGAAGAAAAGAAACUAGAUGAAAAGCAGAAGAAACAAGCUGAGAAGGAUGAUGAGAAGAAAGCUCAGAAAGCAGAUGUUUCUGAAGUAAUUGCUGAGGAGGUUUCUGAAGAGAAGAUAUCAGAGAAAAAAGAGACAGGAAUCAAGAAACCAGAUACAGAAGCUCAGAAAGCAAAACUUUUGUCAAAGGAAUCUGCAGAAGAAAAGAAACUAGAUGAAAAGCAGAAGAAACAAGCUAGGAAAGAUGUUGAGAAAAAAGCUCAGGAGGCUGAUGUUUCUGAAGUAAUUGCUGAAGAGAAGAUAUCAGAGAAAAAACAGACAGAAAUCAAGGAAGCAGAAAUAGAAGCACAGAAAGCAAAACUUUUGUCAAAGGAAUCUGCAGAAGAAAAGAAACUAGAUGAAAUGCAGAAGAAACAAGCUGAGAAGGAUGCUGAGAAGAAAGCCCAAAAAACAGAUGUUUCUGAAGUAGUUGCUGAGAAGGUCUCCAUAUCAGAAAAAAAAGAACCAGAAAUAGAAGCGCAGAAAGCUAAACGUCCCUCGCAAGAAGAAAAAGAAGAUACGAAAGUGGAUGAAAAAGAGAAGAAACAAAUCCAAAAGGAUGGUGCAAAGAAAGCUCAGCAGGAAAAAGAAUCUGGAACUGAAGAGAGACUUGAGAUUCCUGAGGCAAAUAAACUUGAGAUUUUAAAUCAGAAAAUCUUAGAUAUUGUCAAAUUGUCGGAGUCACAUACAUCUAACGAAAAUUUGAAAGCUAUUGUUGCGGAGAGUAAAAAUUUACUCGAAAACUCAUCAGACUCUGAGAAGGUUGCCAAGUCUAUAUUUAAACUUAGAGAACACAUUGUCCAUACAUAUAAUGGUAACGCUCCUAAGGAUGAAAAUGAUAAAGACAUAGUUGAAGCAUUUAUCGAGUCAGUUCUUGAGUUAUAUCCAGCUGCUUCUAAGAAUAUAAUUAACCAUUACUUGAAAGAAAUUAAAGCAAAUAUUAUUUUAACUAAAGCCACAAUCAAACUUAUUGACGACACUGACAUGUUUGCAAAGCCUUCAUUACUUCUGCCAAAAUUAGUUAAUUUAGAGAAGAUUUCGGAGAGCAUCAAAUCUGAUCUCCACAUUGAAAAGUCGUCUGAAAAGAUGAUCCAUUUGCAACAAAACUUGAUGGACAUAUUUGUCAUAUUAGAUGAUCUCUUGGAUGACAAAACAGCUGCACUAAGGCCCAUUAUUGAGGAAAUGAAAACUAUUCUUCUCAAGGAGUAUGACUAUAUUGAGAAGAAACAGGACAAAUUAAACACUGCGACAGUGGAAGAAAAGAUUCAUAACAUAACCAAAACCAUGCUGAAUGUUUGCGAGGAAUUACAAAAGCUGAAUAAGAAUUUGAUAGAGAAAAAAAUUGGCGAAGAACCAACACUUGAUGUAGAAAAUGUUAAGGAAAAGAAACAAGAGCAACAAGAUGAUCUAACUCAAGAUCAUAAGAAAGAAGAAGCUGAAGUGCUUGCCGAGAGACUUUCUGAAGAAAUUCCAGAGGAGAUUAAACUUAAAGUCGAAGAACAUGAAGCAGAAGUGCAGAAAAUGAAAUUUUUGGAGAAAGAAUCAGAAGAUCAGAAAAAAAUUGAUGAAAAGCAGAAGAAUCAAGAUAAAAAAGAUGCUGAGAAAAAAGUUCAGAAAGCAGACGUUUCUGAAAAUGUCUCCGAGGAAAAAACAUCAGAGAACAAAGAGCUAGAAACCAAGGAACCAGACACAGAAGCUCAGAAAGCAAAGCUUUUGACGAAAGAAUCUGCAGAAGAAAAGAAACUAGAUGAAAAGCAGAGGAAACAAGCUGAGAAGGAUGCUGAAAAGAAAGCUCAGAAAGCUGAUGCUUCUGAAAUAGUUGCUGAGAAGGUUUCCGAGGAGACAAUAUCAGAGAAAAAACAGACAGAAAUCAAGGAACCUGAAACAGAAGCCCAGAAAGCAAAACUUUUGUCAAAGGAAUCUGCAGAAGAAAAGAAACUAGAUGAAAAGCAGAGGAAAAAAGCUGAGAAGGAUGCUGAGAAGAAAGCCCAGAAAGCAGAUGUUUCUCAAGUAGUUGCUGAAAAGGUCUCCGAGGAGAAGACAUCAGAGAAAAAAGAGACAGAAAUCAAGGAACCAGACACAGAAGCUCAGAAAGCAAAGCUUUUGACGAAAGAAUCUGGAGAAGAAAAGAAACUAGAUGAAAAGCAGAGGAAACAAACUGAGAAGGAUGCUGAGAAGAAAGCUCAGAAGGCUGAUGUUUCUGAAGUAGUUGCUGAGAAGGUUUCCGAGGAGACGAUAUCAGAGAAAAAACAGACAGAAAUCAAGGAACCUGAAACAGAAGCCCAGAAAGCAAAACUUUUGUCAAAGGAAUCUGCAGAAGAAAAGAAACUAGAUGAAAAGCAGAGGAAACAAGCUGAGAAGGAUGCCGAGAAGAAAGCUCAGAAGGCUGAUGUUUCUGAAGUAGUUGCUGAGAAGGUUUCCGAGGAGGCGAUAUCAGAGAAAAAAGAGACAGAAAUCAAGGAACCUGAAACAGAAGCCCAGAAAGCAAAACUUUUGUCAAAGGAAUCUGCAGAAGAAAAGAAACUAGGUGAAAAGCAGAGGAAACAAGCUGAGAAGGAUGCUGAGAAGAAAGCUCAAAAAGCAGAUGUUUCAGAAAUAGUUGCUGAGAAGGUCUCUGAGGAGAAUAUUUCAGAGAAGAAAAAGCCAGAAGUUAAGGAACUUGAAUUAGAAUCACAGAAGGCGAAGCUUUUGUCGAAAGAAUCUGCAGAAGAAAAGGAACUAGAUGAAAAGCAGAAGAAACAAGCUAAGAAGGAUACUGAGAAGAAAGCCCAGAAAGCAGAUGUUUCUGAAGUAGUUGCUGAAAAGGUCUCCGAAGAGAAGACAUCAGAGAAAAAAGAGACAGAAAUCAAGGAACCAGACACAGAAGCUCAGAAAGCAAAGCUUUUGACGAAAGAAUCUGCAGAAGACAAGAAACUAGAUGAAAAGCAGAGGAAACAAGCUGAGAAGGAUGCCGAGAAGAAAGUUCAGAAGGCUGAUGUUUCUGAAGUAGUUGCUGAGAAGGUUUCCGAGGAGGCGAUAUCAGAGAAAAAAGAGACAGAAAUCAAGGAACCUGAAACAGAAGCCCAGAAAGCAAAACUUUUGUCAAAGGAAUCUGCAGAAGAAAAGAAACUAGGUGAAAAGCAGAGGAAACAAGCUGAGAAGGAUGCUGAGAAGAAAGCUCAGAAAGCAGAUGUUUCUGAAGUAAUUGCUGAGGAGGUUUCUGAAGAGAAGAUAUCAGAGAAAAAAGAGACAGAAAUCAAGAAACCAGAUACAGAAGCUCAGAAAGCAAAACUUUUGUCAAAGGAAUCUGCAGAAGAAAAGAAACUAGAUGAAAAGCAGAAGAAACAAGCUGAGAAGGAUGCUGAAAAGAAAGCUCAAAAAGACGAUGUUUCAGAAAUAGUUGCUGAGAAGGUCUCUGAGGAGAAUAUUUCAGAGAAGAAAAAGCCAGAAGUUAAGGAACUUGAAUUAGAAUCACAGAAGGCGAAGCUUUUGUCGAAAGAAUCUGCAGAAGAAAAGGAACUAGAUGAAAAGCAGAAGAAACAAGCUAAGAAGGAUACUGAGAAGAAAGUCCAGAAAGGGGAAGUUUCUAAAGUUGUUGCUGAAAGGAUUUCUGAGGAGACAAUUUUGGAGAAGAAACAAUCUAAAGUCAAGAAACCUGAAUCAGAAGCACAGAAGGCGAAGCUUUUAUCGAAAGAAUCUCCUGAAGAGAAAGUAAUUGAUAAAAAGCUGAAGAAACAAGCUGAGAAAGAUGCCGAGAUAAAAGCCCAGAAAGCAGAAGUUUCUGAAGUUGUUUCUGAAAAGAUUUCCCAGGAGAAGAUAUCAGAUAAGAACGAAGCAGAAAACAAGGAAGCAGAAACAGAAACUCAGAAAACAAAACUUUUGUCGAAGGAAUCUGCAGAAGAAAAGAAAGUAGACGAAAAGCAGAAGAAACAAGCUAAGAAGGAUGGUGAGAAAAAAACGCAGAAAGCAGAUGUUUCUCAAGUAAUUGCUGAGAAGGUCUCUGAAGAGAAGAUAUCAGAGAAAAAAGAGACAGAAAUCAAGGAACCAGAUACAGAAACUCAGAAAGCAAAACUUUUAUCGAAUGAAUCUUCAGAAGAAAAGAAACUAGAUGAAAAGCAGAAGAAACAAGCUGAGACGGAUGCUGAGAAGAAAGCCCAGAAAGCAGACGUUUCUGAGGUUGUUGUCGAGAAAGUCUCCGAGAAGAAGAUUUCAGAGAAGAAAGAACCUAGGAAAACAGAUGUAGAGAAAGCGAGUUUCGUGGAGCAAGUAUCUACAAAAGAGAAGAAAAUGGAUGAACAACAAAAGAAACAAGAUGAGCAAAAGAAAGAGUUUUCGGAAGAAAAGAAAGAAAAGAAGAGGCAGGCUGAAAAGGUAUUAAGUGCGGAGACAAUGGUUGAAGAGGAAAAGAAGCCAGAAGUAAAGAAAAAAGAAUAUGAGAGCAAAAUAGAAAAGGUUUCGAAGAAAGAAUCAGUUGAGAAAAUGCGUCAUGAAAGUGAAGAAUCAGUCCAAUCGCCAAAGCCAAGUGAUUCUCAAUUGGAUGUGAUCAGUAGAGAUGAGACAAUUAUUACACGCUCUGAGGACAGCGUAAGCGUGCGGCAAUCCAAACCUUACAAGUCCUUGGAAUCCGAAUACAAGGAGAGAAAGGAAUCGCGAAGUGCGAAGCGCAAGCCGACUGUAGAUUUGAUGCUUACAAAUCGCAACUCGGCAACAGGAAGUGAUUUGAAGUUAACGUGUGGAAUCUCAGGUCAGGAUAUGAGCGUGCAAUGGUUCAAGCAGAAGGAAGAGAUAGGGAAUGAUGUCAAGUACAGGAUAACCUUGAACGAUGGUCUAGCCUGCCUUGAAAUCAAAUCAACAGAAAUGAACGAUUCUGGCAUUUAUCGAUGCAUAGCGUCUAAUCGAAAUGGAGAGGUCGAAACAAGCUGUCUUGUGACUAUAUACGAAGCACCUUCAACCAAAUUUGGCACUCCGCCAAUAUUUACACGCAACAUUCGAGAGUACUACCACAUGCGCGACGAUGAGUUGACAAUUGAGGGUCAUGUACAUGGUGUACCCCGACCUGUGGUCACUUGGUGGCGUGGCGCCUUCCAGAUUAAGCCCAGCUAUAAGUUCACGAUGCUGGAAGAGGCGCAUGGAGUCUGCAAGUUACUGAUCUACAAGCCCGGCAACAAGGAUAGCGGCAUCUACACGCUCAAGGCGAUCAAUUCGAUUGGCGAGGCGCAGAUUAAUCACACCGUUGAGGUGGCCAAGAAUCUGCACUAUCAUGUGCCAGGCAUCUUCCAUGCUCGCGACAAGAUCCAGCUAGACAGCUUGAAGCAGGCUCGCCUUUCUAUGACUGCCGCUCUCAAGUCUAAGGCGGAAUCCGAUCAGAAGCGGGCUGAGAUUGAGGCCGAACAGCAGCGAGUGGCUGCAGCUGUGGCUGCAGCUCGUGCGCCACCAGAACCAUUGGUGCCUGCAAAGCAGAAGCUAUCGUUUGCCACCCAGUUGCGCGAUCGCAUGGCUCUCGAGGGCACUAGCGUGAAGUUUGUGGCCACUGUCAUUGGUCCGUCGCCUAAUACGCGAUGGAUGAAAGACGACAAGUGGGUGCAAAUGAACGACAACAUUAAGAACCUGUCCGAGGAGGGCAAAGCUAUCAUUCAGAUCGUGAAAGUGUCCGCGGAAGACUCGGGUAUCUACAAGUGUGUGGCCAAGAAUGAUUUGUGCGAGAUUGAGACACAAUGCUACUUCAAAGUGUAUGCCGCGCAAGCUGAUGGCGAUGAAUCCGAGCCCAUCUUUGCCCUGCCAUUGCGAGAUGUGUAUCACUCUUCCCAAAAUGAUUUGAUCAUCGAUACGAAGGUCCGUGGCAAUCCGCGGCCUGAGAUCUCGUGGACGAAAGAUCAAAUACCUGUGGUGCUCGACGAUCGUAUCGUGCAAAUCGAGCACUUGGAUGGCAUUUGCGAAUUGAUCGUGAACAAGCCAACGGAGCACGACAACGGCACCUACGUUUGCACCGCCAAAAACAAAUUGGGCACUCAGUCGACCACUCACACCGUUGUCGUCGAUACCACACACUCUUCUCGUCGCUCAAGCAUUCUAUCAGCAAUGCAGGAAGAUGCAGCAUCCGCAGCUCCAGGUGGCGAAGGCGGUAAAAAGAAGAAGAAGUUGCCUAAAGGCGAUGCCGAUGCCAAUGCCGAGGGAGGCUAUGAACGUCGCAGCCGUAUGCCUGAUCCCUCACCCAAGCAAAUGCUUUACUUCACGGUCAAUCUCUCUAAUCGUUACGUGGCCGAGGGCUCCAAGGUCAAGUUGCAGGCGGUAGUAGGUGGACCAGAGCCCACAAUUAAGUGGACUAAGGAUGAUCAAAAUGUGCAAUAUGGACCGCGUAUACGCAAUAUGAAUCGUGACAGUCUCGCCGUGCUGGAGUUCACCAGUGCAUUGCCAGAAGAUUCGGGCACUUAUACGAUUACAGCGCAGAAUGAGCACUGCAAAAUCACGACAUCGGCUGUGUUGCACGUCUAUCAACCGAAGGUCAACACCGAUGUGCAGCCCGUGUUCAUACGCUCGCUGAAAGAGACCUAUCACCUUAACUCCAAUGAGCUGAUUCUGGAGACUGCGGUGCGUGGACAGCCAACACCGCAGGUGCAAUGGUUUAAGGACAGCAUAGAGAUACAGAGUGGUGGCCGCUUCCAGCUUAUUGAGCAUCAGGAUGGCACCUGUGAGUUGAUCAUCGAUCGGCCGGACAACAAGGACUCGGGCAAGUAUGUUGUGAAGGCGGAAAGUCGUGCUGGCAAAAUGGAAAUCUCCCAUUAUGUGCUCUUCGAGGGUAAAGCCUCGCACAUUGCGGACAAUAUUCAUGGUGUGUUCCAUGCCGACAAGAGUCUAAUGCGUCCUAAGGAGGUGGAGAAGCCCGCUCCCAAACCAGCUGCUGCUGAGGAGGGUGAAGAGGAAAAGGGAAAGCGUCGUGGUCGUAAGAAGGAUGAACCUGAGGAGGAGGCGACUGCAUCGGUCACAGACUAUGCUUCAGACACGGCGAGCAUGUCAAGCAAACGUCGCGAGAAGAACGUUGCCAUACACUUUAGCACGUCGAUGCGAGAUCGUGUGGUCGCCGAGGGAUCCAAGGUGAAGAUAUCCUGCUUCUUAGAGGCGAAGGAGCCACAGGUCAAGUGGUUCAAGGAUGGAGAACAAAUUCAAAACGGUCCCAAGAUGCGCGGACGCUAUAGCGAGGGCUUGUGCCUUCUGGAGAUUAACAGUGCAACCCCCGAGGACAACGGCGAGUACAAGUGCUGGGGACGCGACGAAUCCGGCGAGGCAUCAACAUCGUGUAGGCUCGAGGUCUAUGAAAAUCCUGGCACGGGUGAUGUACCUCCAACAUUUACGCGUAACAUCAAGGAUACACUGCACGGCAAGAUCAAUGAAUUGCAGUUGGACGUGCAUGUGCGUGGAUUGCCAACGCCAGCGGUAACCUGGUUCAAGGAUGGCGUUAAGAUUGAGAAUAGCGAGAAAUAUCAGCAGGUGGAUCACGAUGAUGGCACCUCGGAGUUGUUUGUCAGCUAUCCCAAGGCUUCCGAUAGCGGCAAAUAUGUUUGCCAAGCUGAGAAUCGUGAGGGUCAAACGGAAAUCGUGCACAUGGUCACCGUGGAGCCACGUGUUCGUGUGCGACCUACGUCACCUCCAAGGGAGGGUAGACCUCCAGCCAAGCCAGCCACCGAAGACGAAGAAGGUGAAGAAGCACCCGCUGAGGGCGAGGAGGCAGUUGAGGGCGGAGAAGGUGCACCAACUGAGAAAAGGAAGCGCAAGAAGAAGGGCGCCGCCCAAGACGAGGAAGGUGGCGGAUCCAGGCGUGAAGUGCCCCCACCACCAGAUCUAAAGAAGCGCCUGUACUUCCGAAACUUCCUCUCCAAUCGUACCGUAAAAUCGGGCAGUAAUGUAAAAUGGAUGGUUAACAUCGAUGGACCCGAGCCCACAGCCAAGUGGUUCCAUGGCGAUCAACCUAUUGCCUUUGGGCCCAAGAGCAAGAUGUCUAUGCAGGAUGGCAUUGCCUGGCUCAAUCUAGUAGGUGUUACGGAGGAAGAGGCUGGCGAGUAUACACUUCGCGUGCGGGGACUUGAGAAUGAGAUCGUUAGCACUUGUAAUCUGUUCGUUUACAGUACGGGUAAAGCUGAGGUUAUCACUCCCACUUUCACAGUGGGCAUCAAAGACACGUAUUCUCUUAAUGAGAAUGAGUUGGUUCUGGAUUGUCGCGUGCGUGGUCAACCACGUCCUGAGAUAGAAUGGAUGAAGGGCAAUGACAUCAUCUCCAACGAUGCCAAGUAUCAACAGAUCGAUCAGGCCGAUGGCUACUCCAAGCUCAUUAUACGCAAUCCAACGGAGAAAGAUUCAGGCAUUUAUGCCUGUGUGGCCACCAAUGAAGGUGCCAAGAAUAAGAUGACCCAUCAGGUGGACUUUAAGGGUCGCGAGAAAUUCACGCAAGAGAAGACGCACGGUUUCUUCCAUCGCGAUCCCAACAAGCCCCACUUCCUUGCCCCGCUGGGUAAUCAAACUGUUUGCAAUGGCGGCACCGUUGCCAUCUCGGCAGAGUUUAUGCAGUCCAGCACACCCAUUGAGGUGAAAUGGAUUCGCAAUCGCCGAACUGUCGAUGGUCCCAAUGUGACAACACUCAAUGACCGCGGCGUAUAUACGCUGGCCAUCACGAAUGCUGGAGCCGAGCACGAGGGCACCUACACUUGUCUCGCCUCGAAUGCGUUUGGACGCAUUGAAUCCCAUGUGAAUAUCGAUGUCGCUGUUGGCGCAGAGAAGAACGAGCGUCCGCCAUUGUUCCUGUCGAGACCCGAAACCGAAAUGAAGAUUGCUGUUGGCGAUCCUUUCUCGGUCUCCUUCCGUAUUGCGGGCGAUCCCAAGCCAAAGUUGGUGUUCAUGAAGGGCACCAAGGACAUUACACAGUCGGAUCGUGUGAGCAAAGAGGUAUCCGAUGACUACACCAGAUUCACAGUGCAAAAGUCGCAGAUCUCCGACUCCGGCACCUAUUUCGUUGUUGCUCGCAACGACUUUGGAACGGACAGAAUAUUCGUUACCAUUACGGUCAACCCACGCGCUCGCUCUGAAACUCCAACGCAACCACGCUGGGGCCAACCCCUGGACAGUUACAGCGAGACUUCGUAUUUCCGAGAUCCACCUGGCUGCAUCUCAACGGAACCUCUUGUGGUGGACUCGGGUCCUACGCACAUAUCACUGUCUUGGGGCAAGCCCGUCAGUGCGAACUCCGCACCUGUGAUUGCCUACAAGGUGGAGGCUUGGAUUGUGGGCCACGAAGGCGGCGCCUAUUGGCGUGAGUUCGGCCUCACGCCUAUCAACUCAUUUGACGCCUUCAAUCUGAAGCCCAACGUAGAGUAUCAUUUCCGCGUGACGCCCAAGAAUCGCUAUGGUUGGGGUCCCGCAGUCCAGACCAGUUCUGCACUGCAAGUAGGUGGUGUCGAGUGUCUGCCAGAGUUUGUCAAGAUACUGCCGGGUCAGGUAAAGGCGUUGCUGGGCUCCUCGUUCACUCUGCAGUGCAAUAUGCGGGGCGCACCACGUCCCCAGAUCACCUGGUACAAGGAUGGUAUUCAACUGAGCAGCAGUUCCGAUCGCGUUAAGAUACGACAGAUUGGCUCCACUUGUGCCCUGACCAUUGCCACUGUCGUCGAGCUGGAUUCGGGACGCUACACCUGCGAAGCAACCAAUUCAAAGGGACGGGUUUCCACCUUUGCUCGUCUACAGGUCGUCUCUGAUCCCAGACUAUACGAAGCAGACUCGCGUCUAAAGGAAAUCGCACACGGACGCCAUCCAGCUGAACUAGGCGAAUCCCUACCCAUCUUCACUAUGCGCUUGAGGGAUCGUCGUGUGCAGGUCACGUAUCCGGUGCGUCUUACCUGCCAGAUCGUUGGCUAUCCCACGCCAGAGAUACUGUGGUACAAGGACGGCCAACUCAUUGUGAGCGACAGAAGGCAUCUGAUCACUGCUGAGGGACAGUUCUUUACGCUGGAAAUUGCAGCCACCACACUAGACGACAGCGGAGAUUACACAUGCACAGCCAAAAACGAGCUGGGUUCCGUCUCGUGCCACAGCGUUCUAGUGGUAGACAAAGGCAUCAGAGCUUACAUUUCUCCAGACUUUUAUGUGCCACUCGACCCAUUCUAUGUGUUCCGCGAGGGCAGCGAAAUUCGUCUGUCCACCAAAGUCGAAGCCUAUCCAUCUGUGGGUGUCACCUGGCAUCGCAAUGGCAUGCGACUACGUCCCAGCCGUCGUAUAUCUGCCACGCUUGACUCCACCGGUUUUGUGGAGCUGAUUAUUGCCGAGGCAACGUCACGCGAUGCGGGCAUUUAUGUGUGUGUCGCCUCCAAUGUGGUGGGCAAGGUGGAGACCAUUUGCCGUGUGGCAAUCGAGGAGAAUGACACAGUUUCCACACCGUCCCGCUCACUCGAAAUACCCAGUAUCAAGACAAACGAUAUGCCGUACUCCAAGGAACCGCUGUUCGUUGUCAAACCACGCUCCAGCGAGGCCUACGAGGGCGACAAUGUCAUUAUCUUCUGCGAAGUUGUCGGCGAUCCCAAGCCCGAAGUUGUUUGGCUGCGUGAUUUUCUCAAUCCGGAAUAUUACAAGGACGCACCGCAUUUUCGACGCAUUGGCGACGGACCGGAGUAUCGCUUGGAGAUACCCAGCGCCAAAUUGGACUUUACCGGCACAUAUUCGGUUAUUGCCAGCAAUUGUCAUGGCGAGACCAAGGCUGUAAUCUCACUUCAAAUCUUCGCCAAAGAUAUACUUAAAGAAAAUCGCAUGGACAAGGUUCAUACACGACAUGGCAAUAUUGAAACCUUGCCGCGCUUCGUGCGUAACCUGCGCAAUCUUCGCUGCUGUGACGGAGACGCCAUAUCACUGGAGUGUCAUGUGGAAGCCAUGCCGGAGCCGUAUAUAAUAUGGGAAAAGGAUGGUCACGUCAUACCCAGCGACAGAGACUUCGUAAUGUCAUACGACGGUAUUAAGGCCACAUUAAGUAUACCACGCGUGUACCCCGAGGAUGAGGGUGAAUACACUUGUGUGGCCAAGAACUCGGUGGGCCGCACACUAUCGUCCGCCUGCAUCAUUGUUGAUGUGCCGGAGGAGAAGGAGAAUAUGCUAAGUCGACAGCUGGCACGUCCAAGUGCCUUGCUCUCGGCCCAUUCAACGCCACGUUCCACGCCCCGCUCGACACCAAACCGAAGCUUUUCACCAAUGCGACUUUCCUACCGCAACAGCAGCAUUGAUCUGACCAUGGGAUCUGUGGAACGCCGGCGCAGCGAUGCACGCUGCAUAACGGCGCCCAAAUUCCUAGCCAUUCCUUACAAUCGUGUCGUUGAGGAAGGCGACAGUGUGCGCUUCCAGUGCGCCAUUGCUGGACAUCCGUCGCCAUGGGCUACCUGGGAUAAGGAUGGCCUGAUUGUGACACCAACGCCACGCAUUCAUGUUAAGGAAGUGGACGAUCUGCGUUUCAUUGAAAUCGAUGAAGUGGGCUUUGAUGAUGCUGGUCUCUAUCGCAUCACGUUGGAGAACGACUUUGGGCGCAUUGAGGCCACGGCUCGCCUGGACGUGAUCAGCAGUUCCCGCUACUCAAAGUCGCCCUCGGCGAGAAGUGUGCGCGCUUCCUCCUCUCGACGUAAUGCCUAUUUGUACAGACGUAUCAUGGGACCAUCUACAGCUAUUGGCGGUCGCAUGGCGUUAGCAAGCGGCUUCCGCGGCUCGUCGGUGCCCUCAGUGCGGUUCUAUCACAAUAACAUUGAGCUGAAACCCUCGGACCGUGUGCACAUUGUGCUGCAGGAGGAAGAGGCAAUGCUGUUUGUGGACAAUGUAACCAUUGCGGAUGAGGGCAAUUACACCUGCAUUAUCAGUGGCAAUCACGAUCCCUUGGUUAGCUCCAUCGAUGUGAAGUUCCAUGAAUCAAGUAUUGAUAUUCAACGUCAACCGGCCAGCAUUGUGGAGCAUUUGCCCGAGCUCACACAGUCUGUGGAGGGCGAGGUGAUCGAUCUCUGCUGUACGAUCAAUAGUAGCGAACCUUAUAGUUAUGUCUGGUUGCGCAAUGGCGAAAUUCUGCCUGACAGCGAGGAGUUCAACUACAUCGAUCAUGGCAAUGGCUGUCUCUGUCUGCGCAUCAACGAUGCCUUUGACAUUGACUCGGGCAUCUACAGCUGUCAGGUGUACACGUCCCAUACUGAUGAUGAUGAUCAUGAUGAUGAUGAUGACAGCGGCUGCGACUUUGACUGUCGCAGCAGCGGAGAGCUGUGUGUGCUUGAGCGAGAUCUCUCUCGGACCGAUGAAAGCAUUCAGCUGCUCAAAUCACCGCUGCCCGUGGUUUGUGCGUCAGGAGCGGAAGCUCUUUUCUAUGCGCGUGUUUACCCCUGCGAAGCGGACGCCGAAUGGUAUCUCAAUGGAAAACUCAUCGAGGAUGACUCACAAAACAUGACGUUGGAGUCAUAUCCAGAGAACGGCAUUCGCCUGUUGCGCCUGCGAAACGUGCAAUUGGCGCAAAGCGGCGAACUGCGCCUACAAGUGAAGCAUCAUCCCCAUCUCGCUGAGCGACGUGCCCCCACAGUGCGCAGCUAUACCUCACUUCUAGUGCUACCCAUCAGCAAUCCUAAGCAACAGACGAAGAACAAUAACAUCUUACCACUGGCUGGCAAUACUAGCUGCAUUCUGCGUGGGCCACAGGAUUGCACCGCAUUAAUUGGCGGCCAUGUGCAGCUGAGCGUGCAGUUCGAGGCAUUCCCCAACACACAAGUCACCUGGUACAAGGCGUGUCAUGCCAUCGUUGAGGGCGCCAAUGUGAGCAUAGAGACAACAGCGGAACAAUCGACGCUUUAUAUAAGCGACAUCUCGGCCGAUGACAGUGGCAAGUACACGGCGGAAGUCAUGAACGAUUACAGCGUGGAGGCAGCCGCCGCUUCAGUGGCCGUCGAGGGACCCCCGGAGCCGCCCAGUGGUCAGCCCAGCGUAUCGCUUGGACCCGAUCGUGUAGCUGUGGCCUGGUGUGGACCGCCCUACGAUGGCGGCUGUAUGAUCACGGGCUUUAUCAUUGAGAAGCAGGAGAUUAAUCCUACGGACUGUGAUAAGGACUGGCAGCAGGUGGCGCGUGUCGUGGACACUUUGGCCUACACCGUCAAGAAUCUGCAGCCACAAUUGCAGUACAGAUUUCGUGUGCGUGCAGAGAACAUACAUGGACGAAGUGCACCUAGCCAAGUCAGCGAGCUGGUGCAGAUCACGCGUCCAGCAGCCAGUGCAGCAAAUACAGACACAGAAACCACAAGUGCGCUGAGCAGCAUUAGCGUGCAAUCUGGCGGCGAUUUCAAGUCACGCUUCGAGAUCAUCGAAGAGCUGGGCAAGGGACGCUUUGGUGUGGUCUACAAGGUGCUGGAACGUGCACAGCCCGAACAGCAGCUGGCCGCCAAGGUGAUCAAGUGCAUCAAGUCGCGCGAUCGCCAAAAAGUACUCGAGGAGAUUUCUAUCAUGCGUUCGCUGCAGCAUCCCAAGCUGUUGCAACUGGCAGCAUCCUUUGAGAGCGCACGCGAAAUUGUCAUGGUCAUGGAAUAUAUUACCGGAGGCGAGCUCUUUGAGCGCGUGGUUGCCGAUGACUUUACGCUGACGGAACUGGACUGCAUUUUGUUUUUGCGACAGGUGUGCGAAGGCGUUGCCUACAUGCACAGCCAGAGCGUGGUGCACUUGGAUCUGAAGCCGGAGAAUAUUAUGUGCCAUACGCGCACAAGCCAUCAAAUCAAGAUCAUUGACUUUGGUCUCGCCCAGCGACUGGACACCAAAGCACCGGUGCGUGUGCUCUUCGGCACACCGGAGUUCAUACCGCCAGAGAUCAUUAGCUACGAACCCAUCGACUUCAAGUCGGACAUGUGGAGUGUGGGCGUCAUCUGCUACGUGCUCCUCUCGGGUUUAUCGCCCUUCAUGGGCGACACGGAUGUGGAAACCUUCUCGAAUAUUACUCGCGCUGAUUACGACUUCGACGACGAGGCCUUUGACUGCGUCUCACAGGAGGCCAAGGACUUUAUCUCGCAGCUGCUUGUGCACCGCAAGGAGCAGCGUCUGACUGCCCAGCAGUGCUUGGAGUCCGAGUGGUUGUGUCAGCGCCACGACGAGAAUCUCAGCAACAACAAGAUCUGCACGGACAAGCUCAAGAAGUUCAUCAUACGCCGCAAGUGGCAGAAAACUGGCAAUGCUAUACGCGCUCUGGGCCGCAUGGCCACGUUAUCGGCAUCGCGUCGAAACUCUGCGAUUGCCAUGGGCGCCUGCAAUAGUCCGCGUCCCUCCAUCUCAGGGCUGGGGAUGCUGGCCACCGCGAAUGUAAGCAACCCACAGCAGAUGGCUUCGCUGAACGAGGAGGAGGAUGAUUUCAGCGUGGAGUUGCCGCACUCCGCAGUGGACAAACGCAAGUCGACGAAUGUUCUUAAACUGCGCGACAAAUCGCAGUGCAGCGAACGCAGCGAUUCCGGUUAUAGUGAAUGCUCUAAUGGAAGCCUAGGAGCACAGGAGACACUACUCCUGACGUUGGCAAAGAGCAAGCUCGAGCAGAUUGCCAAGGCAAACAACGAGCACACAGAUCCAGCGACGAAUACGCUGCCAGGCAAUGUGCCCGCAUUGGAAUUACCAGCCAAGGGUGAACCCAUCAUGCUGUCCGACUUUACAAACACGAUCAAGAUGCGCAAGAAAUCGCUGGAGGAUAGCUGUGCACGCGAAAAGCUGAAGCCGCAUGGCAAGCUCAUGUGCGAUUCAAAGUUGAAGGUGUCGCAGCUGAAGCAUCGCUUCCAGCAAUCGAGUGCAGCUGCUGCAUCCGGCAAACCACCACCAGCUGCUACUGCUGCUGCCUUGAGCAACAAGGUUGCCAAGGUUGCGAGUGUGGGACACAUUAGUAAACUGUCAACUGUCGCCACUAAAGCGCGACCAACACAAACCCAAUCGAUGCCCAGUUCACCGCUGCCCCAACGCGCUGCAACGCCAACGCGGCUGAGCAGUCGCGUCCGCGAGACAACCGAGCGUCUUGCCCAACAGCACACGGUGGCCAGCGCACAGCGGCACAGCAGUGGAAAUGGCAAUGGAAAUGGGAAGGGAACAAAUCACGAGUCACGUGCGCGACAUCUCAUCAAUCGAUUCAACGAAACGAAACAUAUCACGUCCUAGCUGUCGAAUGAUUUCUUCUUGAUGCAAGCUCUACGUUCUUUUCUUUUAUUGUUAAAAAAAUAUUACGAUUAUAUGUUAUCAUUAUUGAAAAUGUGUACAAUGUGUUGGAGAAGCACAGCAAAAAGCCCUAGUACGAAACUCACUCUCGAAUAUCAAUAUUGUAUCUCUUAAAUACUACAUGCAUCCACUAGAUGGAUGCCAACUAAUUGUAAUUGUAAUGCAAAUCCGAAUCCGAAUCCAAAAUGCAAAAUGCAACCACAUACAUACAGCACACAAUGGCACUUAGGCUAGACGAAGGCUACAAUAUUUAAAUUAUUUGUAUCGAUUUAAUAUAUAAUAUAUAUUAUAUGCAUAACUA